AGAGAGAGAAUAGGAGAGAGAGGGGGAAUAGGAGAGAGAGAGAGAGAAUAUGAGUACCACAGUCUGAACUACAUACUUGAGUGAGUCUGACAGCUUUAUUGGUGAUGCACAGGUGUGGAAGGUGCAGAACUCUUGCAGCAAUUGUCUAUUGUCUAUUGUCAUUACCAUCACCAAAUCGUCUAAGGUACGAGGACCAAGAGUCACUGCCAGUGCCCACCCUUGCAUUGAAAUCAACUAGGAGAAUAAUCUUUAUUUAUUUUUUUAUUUUUUAUUAUUAUUAUUAUUUUUUACUGCAAGACCUACUCCAUGCACUCGUGGCUCAUCAGACGCUUCCCCAUGCCAGAAUGCUGUGUAGUUCUCUCUGAUCAUACCCGAGUCUGCUCUCCGCAUUUCCUGGAGGCAGACAAAUUCCACCUUCAGUCUGUUCAGUUCGUCAUUGGUGAAGGCAGUUUUUUCUUGCGUCGCUGAUGUUCUGGAAACGCACACACACACGCACGCACACGCACGCACGCACGCACGCACGCACGCACGCACGCACGCACGCACACACACACACACACACACACACACACACACACACACACACACACACAUAUACAUAUAUAUAAGUUCUAUCUCCCUGCUGGCAACUCUCACAACAUACAUGUUUUAUACAGGUGCGGAACAUAAACCAGCAUUACGAACACUUCACUCUGAAAAACAAUUGUGUGUAAAACUGAGCAACGAAACCCUUCUUGUGUACGCCUUUCACCCCAGUGAAGAAGUAAAUUUCUCUCUCGGUUAGGUGGAUGUGAUAAAAAAUAGGGAGAAAAUAGAACAAAAGGAAAGGCAAAAGGGACGAACUAUGUGCAAUUAUUGGCACUACUGCCUCCUUAAACCGUUAUAAGAUAAAGAGCGCAAGAGAGAUACACUGCGGUUCAUACGUACGCACAGUGUUUGGUGUGACAACGGAUGUCCAUAGAGGUUAAGAAAAUUUCCUUCGAUUAGACGAUACUGACCUGCAAGGUGCGAAUCUACAAGGUUAAAUGCGCUUCACAACCGAGACUGACAUGGAGGACGAGCAGCUUCUUGUCACCUACCGGCACUUAAAUGCCUCACUCUCGAGGAACAGGGCAGACGACUCCCGAAUGAAAAUGGACUCUGACCUGCUCAGGAGUGUUUCACAAGAGGGAAAUAGCCUCAGAAGAGAUAUGAAUACUGGCCUGAGGCGACUCGAAGGGAUGAUGAUGCAAAUGAAGAAUGAUCACAAAAAACCCAUCGAAGAAGUCCAAGCACAGGUUCGGAGAAACCAGAUGGUAAUCAGAAGUUUCGAAGAAAAAAUGGAAAGGAAGUCGAAGCAGAUAUGGGUUGACGAACGUCCUUACGGCUGAGGAUCUCCGGCAAUGGAAACCGUGGGUUCAGGAGCUGGUGGAGACAGGACUUGUCUACGCUACAAACCAACGCCAGAAAGGGUUCGCCUACGCUAAACUGACGCACUGGAACCAAAGGAUGUUUUUGUCUUGCAUACAGUACGAGGAACCACCUUCCUCUGCAUACGCCAUAAAGGUUGCGCCCAGAAAGUAACGACAACAGUGAAGUGCCCCCAGAGCAAGCGAUUCCGAACCUUAUUGUUAAAUACCUUAUAAGUACAAGUGCACUAUACAACAUUUAAAAAAUAACGGCCAGAGAGUAUGCCCAUAGUGACUAUGGGCAUACAUUUCACAAAAAAAAAAGACAGAGCAUAAUUAUUUAUGCCUAUGUCCUAAAAGAAAUAGAACAUAGGCAUAAAAAAAAAAAAAAAUCCCUGGCCGUUACUUUUUAAAUUUUUCGUUCUCCGGGCCGGCUCUCAGCUGAUUACUAUAAACAAACAUGCCAACAUGGCCGACGCUGCUAUGUGUGUUGCGGAAGUUGCUGUCCUUUUAGAUGAAUUAGACGAUCCCAUUUUAAACACAGCUUUAAUAGUUGCUUUCGAAUAGGAUCUAGGAGGAGCAGAGGAAGCUGCACAGAGACGACAUAGGGUCCGGAAUCCAGUCAGAGUUGGUGCUUACGUAGAGAACAUUGUGGCCCUGUACAGCGAGGAGGAAUUCAAGUCUCCCUUUAGAAUAGUCAUUACAGCUUCCUGUGUACUACAUAAUUUUAUUUCACUUAAGGAAAAACUUGAUAUUCAAGCAGAGCUACAAGUCAUUGUUUUGUAACCUGAGAUGAAUUGGCAAAUCUUGCAUAAUGUAACUUGUAUCUAAAUUUUUGUUUCUUGCGUCAAAUUGUUUGUAUUUUUGCAAGUAAUGCUGCCUUAUAUUUGUCUUUUUUUUCACAUUUCAUUUUCUUUUGAAUAUGAUACUUAUUUUCAUAGCUCAUAAAAUAUUUGAAUAUAUAUACUGUAGCUUUAUAAGUACCUGUGAUAGAUCACUUAAGAAUUUCUUUCCUUUUCAUGCUGCUUGAUUUUUCUUUUUCUUUUGUAUAUAUAACAUAUCUUUCAUCAUUGUAUUGCAUUGCUGCGUGUAUAUUUACAUAUAUAUUUGUUCUGAAAGUUUUAAAAACUCGAGGAUUGUAAAUUGUAAGACAUAUUUACCAUAAUCCAUGUCUAAUAAAAUAAUUUUUGUUCCA